AUGCCUAAAGUUCCAAAGGGAAAAAGUAGUGCGGGGGGGGAAAAAAAAGUCAUCCAUCCAUAUAGUAGAAAAGCAGCUCAGAUUACGAGAAAGGCCCACAAACAGGAAAAAAAAGAAAAGUUGAAGAAUGAAAAGGCCUUAUGUCUCAAUCUUAUUGGUGAAAAACUGCAGUGGUUUCAGAAUCAUCUGGAUCCAAAAAAAUCGGGGUAUUCAAAGAAAGAUGCUUCUAAAUUAGUUGAAAGGUAUUUAAAUAGAUUUAGCAGUGAGCUGGAGCAGAUCGAGUUACAUAACAGCAUCAAAGACAGGCAGGGACUGAGGCACUUCUCCCGGGAAGCAGUUAUCAAGCAGACGAUGGAGCGUGAGCGACAGCAGUAUUUAGGAUAUGGCCUUGAGAUCCCAGAUAUUUUAAAUGCAAACAAUCUGAAAACUUUUAGGGAAUGGGAUUUUGAUCUGAAGAAAUUGCCAAACAUUAAAAUGAGAAAGUUCUGUGCUAAUGAUGCAGUUCCUAAGAAGGGCAAGAGGAAAACUAUUUUA